GCGCUUCUGCUUCCGGUGGUGACGCUGCUCCGCGCGCUGCUAGUUAGUUGCCAUGUUGUAGCUAUUAGCACGACGGAGGAGAGCCGCUCGUCAGUCUCCGCGCCCGGACUCAGACCCGCACAGCCCCGGCAGCUGGACCGCAGAGCCUCGGACUGUGACCCGCCGUGAGAGCGGCAGUCGGCCCGCAGAGCCUCGGCAGUCCCGCCCGCGGAGCCCCGGCAGUCGGCCCGCAGAGCCCCACAGAGCCCCGGCACCUGGACCGCAGAGCCCCGCAGAGCCCCGCAGCACCGUGAUCACCCCCUCCCUCCCUUCCUCCCUCCCUUCCCGCCCUCCUAGCCCAGCUGCUCCCCUCACCUCCCCGCCCGCAGGACCGGAGAACCGGAGGACCGGAGGACCAUGGCCAUGCGACAGACUCCCCUCACCUGCUCCGGGCACACCCGGCCCGUGGUGGACCUGGCCUUCAGCGGGAUCACUCCCUACGGAUACUUCCUCAUCAGUGCCUGCAAGGAUGGCAAACCCAUGUUGCGCCAGGGAGACACAGGGGACUGGAUCGGAACGUUCCUGGGUCACAAAGGCGCUGUCUGGGGAGCCACUCUGAACACGGACGCCACCAAGGCCGCCACCGCCGCCGCCGACUUCACCGCGAAGGUGUGGGACGCCGUGAGCGGGGACGAGGUCCUGUCGCUGGCCCACAAGCACAUCGUCAAGACCGUCACCUUCACUCAGGACAGCAACUGUCUGCUGACCGGGGGGAACGACAAGCUGCUGCGCAUCUACGACCUGGGCAGCCCGGACACAGCGCCACAGGAGAUCGCCGGCCACACUUCAGCCAUAAAAAAAGCUCUGUGGUGCAACAACGACACUCAGAUCCUGUCUGCUGCCGACGACAAGACCAUACGGCUGUGGGACCGGGCCUCCAUGGAGCAGGUGAAGACGCUGACCUUUGACACGGCGGUGAGCAGCAUGGAGUACGUGGCUGACGGGGAGAUCCUGGUGAUCACGUACGGAAAGACCAUCGCCUUCUACAACGCCCUGAGCCUGGAGCUCAUCAAGACGGUGGAGGCCCCCGCCCCCAUCAACUCGGCCUCGCUGCACCCAGACAAGGACUUCUUCGUGGCGGGCGGCGAAGACUUCAAGCUCUACAAGUUCGACUACGGCACCAAGGAGGAGCUGGAGUCCUACAAGGGCCACUUCGGCCCGGUGCACUGCGUGCGCUUCAGCCCGGACGGCGAGCUGUACGCCAGCGGCUCGGAGGACGGCACGCUGCGGCUGUGGCAGACCGCCGUGGGAAAGACCUACGGCCUGUGGAAGUGUGUCCUGCCCGAGGACCUGGGAGCAGAGAACCAGGAGCAGAUAUUCGCCGCCCCUCCUGAGAUCAAAGCCUGAAGGACGGAGCACCGCCGUGACCGCCAUGACGGGGUCCUCUGCCCAGGCGGGACCGGACCGGACCGGACCGGGGGGAGGAGCCGAGUCCAGGGACCCGACGUGGAUCUGAGACUGGCCCAUCUCACACACACACACACACACACACACACGUGGCGGCGGCGGGGGCUGCAGUUUGGAGCAGUAGAGCUGUGAGCGCCGCCUCGCCGCUGCCUGCUCUCUUCCUGCUGGGCCCCCGCCCGUCACUCCGCCCGUCUCCGCCCGUCUCCACCUGUCUCCGCCCGUCUCCACCUGUCUCCGCCCCCCGCAGCCACGUCGGUGUUGGUUUUGGGUGUUUGUGUUUCGGGUGGAGGUGGGCGGAGGCGGAGUUUGGUUUCGGGUUGCUUUCAGUGUUUCCAGCUGUUCACGUGAAAUAAAAUAUCUUUAGUUGUGGGAGUGAAGGACGACGCGCCGCCGCCUCCGUCACUUUAGGUUUCUGUCCUCGUUUGUGUCCAGUGAAGAAAUAAAUCCCUGCAGCUUUUAUUUGGGAGUAGCGCUGG